AAAUAAACGCCCAUAAUAAGCAGGGAGUUAGGAAUGGCGGGAAUUUGUGGUCCAAAUCCGAUUCUACAUCUCCGCCGCACCACCACUCAAUCACCGUUAAAUUUACACAGAGUCCACGGCGGAGCACGGUGGUGUUGCUGCUCAGUUUCACCGGAAAAUGAAAAUAAAACUAGAACGCCGCCGCUUUUAAGACUGGCAGUGAGUGGUGUUACUGAGUUGCUUAGGCUCUUUUCUUCUUCCGCCCAAGGCAACAGAGCUGAUUACCAAUUGAAGAGUGAGGAUAGAGAUGAAAAUUCAGCCUCCGAUAUUGAUGAUGUUUUAAGAAUCCUUAAAGCUGAUUAUGAGAAUGCUUACUUUGUCACAGGAAAUUUCAGUUCUGCAAUCUAUGCCGAAGAUUGUCUCUUUGAAGAUCCAACUAUUCGAUUCCGAGGUAAGGAGCUGUAUUCUCGCAAUUUGAAAUUGCUUGUUCCUUUCUUUGACAGCCCUUCAAUUAGAUUACAAAAGAUUGAGAAGGGUGCCAACAUGGAAACAGAUUUUGUAGCGGCAACUUGGAGAUUAAGAACAUACCUGAAGCUUCCAUGGAGGCCUCUUAUUUCAGUUAAUGGAAGCACCAUCUAUGAAUUGGAUGAGAAGCUUAAAAUUGUACGGCAUGCUGAGAGUUGGGAUGUGACAGCACUGGAAGCAAUUGGUCAGAUAUUCACCCCUAGUAUUGGAAGGCCAAAUGACUAUGCAGGUGUUUUCACUUGCAGCAGAUGAUUCACCAAGAAACUCUGACCUCAACUUCAUCAGCAGCCUGCCAAGAUAAUUCAGGCCUUCGCCGUCCCGCCCGCCACCCCAGAAAAGAUCGUGAGGCGAAGCUUCAACUAGGACCGACCCGGCAGUCGAUAGCAACAUGGAAUUCAAGUGAGGAUAUAUCGAGAACUUGCAUUUUAGUGCCCUAUACAUAACAUCAAUCUUCACACUUUCCCAAUCAGAUCUCACCUGCAUCGUUUAGCUCCGUCAGGGAAAACUGUAAUCUCCCAGGCUACUUACUCAGACUCGGGUGUGAGUGUCGUAGACGUGUCCAAUAUGGGUACGGUCAGAUUUCUCUAAUCUUUUUCAUGUAUUUAGAAGAUCCUAGGAGGCUCUAUCCUCAUGUCCAUGAGUUGGACACGAGUGUUAGACAUGGGUACUUCAACAGAAAGGAAGUAACAUAACACAGAGGUGGUCAGCCAGACAAAUUUGCAACCUUGACCAAACUGGCUUUAUUCAAGAAAACUAGAGCACAAUAAACUAUUUGAUAUAAUAGAUAGAAGAUAGAUUCUAGACUUCUAAUUAGUUCUAAAAGAGUCGGAGACAAAUAUAUGUCCAAUACAGGUCCGAUCAGAUUUCUCCAAUUUUUUUCAUGUAUUUGGAGGAUCCUUGAAGGUCAUGUCCAUGUGUCGGACACGAGUGUUGGACAUGAGUAGUUCAACAGAGAUCAAGUAACAUAAUUCAGAGGUGGUCAGAGUCUGACAGAUAGGCAACCUUGACCCAACUGGCCUUAAUAAACCAUUUGAUAUGAUAGAA